AGAAGAGUGAACAAAGUCAGAACUCCUGCUCUCUUCCUGAGAUAAACUGAGCGCCGUCUUGCUGAACCCACUGAGUUACUUUUUAUGAGCCCAUGGAAACCCUGGCUAUGGUGUGAGAGUCCCGUACAGGAAACAGGAAACAUCUCUGCUUUCAUCGCUGCCACAGAUUUGGACCUGAGUAAACUUCCAGAUCAGAAGACACAGACCUACCCCCUUACUGCACUGACUUGGAGCCUUAAAGAUUUUCUGAUUAUUAGAACUAGUUACUUCCUCCUCAGAGGGUUGGUCUUGGUCAUCCUGAGUGUAAAUUUAGCACCUUAAAAUGUUGACACUUUUUUCAAAAAGCCCCAAACGGCUUGCUGAUGCUUGUAAAGAAAAAAGCACAUUGCUAAAACCCAAGACAGGGCCCCUCCCUGUUUAUGUAGUUCCCCUGAAAAAAGAAGAAAUCAAUGUCAAUGGGUGCAAGCGAUUCAGUUUUGGUAAAGAGUCAAAACUUAACCCUAAAACUAAUCGCACCAUAAUGGUUCUCGGAGCAACUGGGGCCGGGAAGUCAACUCUCAUCAACGGGAUCAUCAAUUACAUUCUGGGAGUCAAAUGGGAGGAUUCCUAUCGGUUUAAACUCGUUGAUGAGGGUCAGUUGAAAUCCCAAUCUGAAAGCCAGACUUCUGAAGUCACUGUGUACAAACUCAACUAUCAGGAAGGCUUUGAAAUAGAUUGCUCACUGACCAUCGUUGACACUCCAGGCUUUGGAGAUACAAGAGGCAUACAAAGAGACCAGAUGAUCACAGAACAGCUACGUAAUCUCUUCUCUGCCGAUUGUGGUGUCAGUGAAAUUGACGCUGUGUGUUUCGUAGCUCAGGCUGCUUUAGCACGACUCACACCAUCACAGAAAUACGUGUUUGAUUCUGUGCUCUCGAUCUUUGGCAAAGAUGUGGCAGAAAACAUCCGGGUUCUGGUGACAUUUGCAGACGGCCAGCAACCACCAGUUCUAGAGGCCAUUAAUGCUUCAGGUGUCCCAUGUCCCAAAACAAAAAACGGACUGCCGGUUCACUUCAAAUUCAAUAACUCAGCGUUGUUUGCAGACAACAAAUCAUCUGCAGCAGGGAGUAUGAGUGAGGAUGAAGAAGAGGAAGGAGGCUUUGAUCAGAUGUUUUGGAACAUGGGAACAAAAAGCAUGAAGAGGUUCUUUGUUGCUUUAAAUAUCAUAGAAACCAAAAGCUUAAAAAUGACAAAAGACGUCCUCAGAGAAAGAAAGCAGCUUGAGAAUUCAGUUGAGAAUGUGCAGAAGCAGGUUAAGGUUGGGUUAGCCAAGCUUGAGGAGAUAAAAGAGACAACUGAACAACUAAAAGAGCACGAGGGAGAGAUCAGCAGAAAUGAGAACUUUGAGUUUUAUGUCAACAUCAAAAAGCCGGUUCAAAUAGAUAUUUCCGGAUCUGGAAAUUACAUCACCAACUGUCAGCAGUGCCAAUUCACCUGUCACAGAAAAUGUGUAAUACCAAAUGAUGCAGAUAAAGCAAAUUGUGGUGCAAUGGGACCAAAUGGAUACUGUACUCAGUGUCCAAAUAAAUGUUAUUGGAAUGUCCAUUACAAUCAGAAGUACAGAUGGGACUAUCAGGAUGUUCAGGAAAAACGAACAGUGCAGGAGCUGAAAGAAAAGUACCAAAAUGCCACAAAGGCUAAAAUGACUGUUGAGGAAUUGGUUGAUAAGCUGAAGGAGGACUAUGAUCAGGUGCAGGCUACAGUGGUGGCACUGAUGAAGAAGUCUUCUCAGUGCUUAAACAGACUUAAAGAGAUAGCACUGAAGCCAGAUCCUCUCUCCACCACAGACUACAUUGACAUGCUUAUUGAGGGAGAGAAAGCUGAGGCCAAGCCAGGCUGGAAGCAACGUGUUGAGUCCUUGAUAGAAAUGAGAGAUAAAGCAGAGUUAUUGGCUAAAGCAGCCAGAGGAGAGACACCCCUCCGUCGUCAGGAAUCUUUAACCUAGGGAGAAAUCAGGCAAUGUGCCGACCGAGACCUAAACCAAGACCUGAACACAUCCCAUCAAAACAAAGACCAGACCCAUUCUGACGUGUAUAUAAAAACAGACAAGGCAGGAUAGUGAGUGAUGCUGAUCAAAAGCCCAGGCGGGACCAACACUUUUUCUAACGCCUAUUUCCAAGAAAAUACCAUGAUACGACAAUAUAAUUUAAAAGAGAUUACCCUGGCUCGUGGGACCUUGAGUUUUAUUGUGCUCACAAACUAAUGGUUUAACUUUCUUUAACUCACAAAAAGGUUUAAUUUCUACUGUGUUUAAAAUUGCAGUCCUAGUGAAGCAGCAUAGUUUGAAGGCUAAAAGUGACAAGAGUUCCUGAAAAUGUCAAUACUGUAUAUGACGAGUUUGCAAUGACAAAGUGGGGUUAAAUAACGUAAAAAAGCUUAUACUGUGACAGGACACUCCAAACUGUGCGCUGUGCUAUCUGUAUACUUUCCAUUUGGGAUCAUGUUACCUGAGCUCUAAUCAGACAGCUACUGAAGGACAUGCAUGGGUUAUUUUAAUGUUUAACAUUUUUUGUGUGUUGUAAAAUGUGAUCUUGUUCAGCCAGACAUUAAGCCAAAUACUCUUCCAAAGUACACUGACAUACUUAUUGAAUGAGUGAAAUCUGAGUUUAGUCACAAGACCAGAAGCAGAACAUGUGUCUUGUUACUAAGCCUGAGAUUAAAAGUAAUUUGACUAAGGAAAUCUAAAGUAUGAAUUUGUCUAAGAUAAAAUCUGGUGUUUUUGUAAAAACGUAUUCCUGCAAAUGUAUUCAUGCCAUAUCUGCAUGUGCUGUUUCCCAAAAACAACCACAUAGAUGAAUGUGUGCCAAUACAUCUUUUAGUGUGACCACAACCUGAACACUGAAAAUGUGAUGUUCAUUUUUUAUAUUUUAUUAUCAUUUAUAUAAUUUCUUAAAUGUUUACAUAUGUCUCCACUGCAAUUAGUUUACAGUAUCCAACACUGUUUUAAAAAAGGAUAUUAACUUCUUCUAAAGUUACAAAGAUUUGUUGUCUGCUCUUCAGUUUCUUUGAAAUUUGAAAAAUAGCUCUUUUUUUUUUACAAACGUGUAUUGAAUUGCACAUCAUUGUCCUGUAGUAAUAAACUGGCUCCUACUGAAUAAUGGAGACAAUGUUAAAUGACAAACAAAUAAAAUGUGUGUUGUAUAAAUG